AUGGUUGUGAGGACGAGAUCCACGUGGCUGAAACAAAGUGCCAGGCCCAUAGCGGGUCUGGGUUUCGAAAAAUUUUGGCCUAUCAGACCUUUGGAUUGUUAUGGACUGACUAGUGCGAGUUGGCUUGGAGGAUUGUCACCCAGAAGGACUCCCAUCCGUGUUCCAGGAAGUGCUGAACCAGGUGAUGAGGUACUGUCCCUGGUGUUUGGGCUUUGCCUCCUGAAGAGGAUGGAGUUUUGCUCUGAUCAGACUUUGCCCAAUAUAGAUCUGGAUCAAUCAGGACAUGCAGGUUUUUCUUGUGAGCCCUCGUCUCGGAUCUCCACAAACUUGAUCCCACAGGUCCAUUCGACAGUGGUGGAUGUGAGUUUCUGCAGGACCAAACCGGUUAUGGUUGAGGCUGAGGUUCAUCAUUUGCCCACAGAGGAUUUGAUCCAUUUGCUUGAUGCUCCAGAUAGGACUCCAGUGCUUGGAGAUAAGAUUGUUGAUAUACAGGUUGAUAGUGAGAUACAAUCAUGUGAUUUUGUCCUUAGCAAUGUAGCUGUCCCUAUAUCACAAACUAUUCUGCCUUGUACUCCAAAUUUUUACUCCAUGAAGGAGGCCGGUUCGGGAUCAGGUAAAGAGGCUGUGAUGAAGGACAAAAUAAAGGACUCUGUUCCCUUGACCCAGGUCUUAUCUGAAGCCUCGUCUUUAACUCUAUCUUCCCCCCGGGCCUUCUGGGUCACCUCUGCGUCCAUCAGACAUUCCAGUGAGUGA